AAAAAAGUAGAACUCGACUCGUUUUCGCACGUCACUGCACCUCGACAAGCUGAAUUCCGGAGCAACUUUCUUCCUCUUCCAAAGAGUUAUAUUUACGGCGAGGAGGAGGAAGAAGACGUUUGGGGUGGAGGUCUGGAGUCCGAUGGCGAGGCCCUCGGUGACCGCGUGGAUGGACAGAGCGACCAGCGCCAGGAAGCCGCUGGUCGCUGUCAUUUUCGGCUCCUUCGUCUGCAGCUCUGGCUGGUGAGGGUGGCUUUGCGAGUGCUCCUCGUCCUCCUCCUCCUCAAGGCUCUUGUACACUCUGCCGUGCUCAGGCUCAACAUCCUGAAAAAUUCGUUCGAUCGAGGAGGCAGAGAGGUUAUUAAUGUGCCGACUGCGUUACCUUGAUUGGCAGAGGAUGUGGCAAGAGGGCAGUGAGAAUAUUAAACUCGUGAUCGCUGCUGUGUGAAAUACAACAUUGUAUGAAAGAGUUGAGAGUAAUCAUAUGAAUUAUGAAUGCAGCUUGGCUCUGGAUAUUUUUGGCGAGUUGACUGCGGCAGUUUUCUCUUAAAAUUCUUAGAAUUCCCAACCAUUUUAAUGAGAAAAGAAAAAUUAAAUAAAUUAAUAUUCAUGUAGAAUGAAGGGAUCCAUUCAGUCCUAUUUUAAUAAAGACAAAUAAAAAAUUAAAGAUUUAUGUGGAUUUUUAGCAAUAUUUAAUAAUUAAAAAGUGUUUUGACUAAAAUAAUUUGAAUUUGGCAGUCAAAUUUUACAAGCAAACCUCAAUUAAAUGAAUUUUAAAAAUUUUAUCUGGCGGUAGAACGCUUAAAUCCGUGCAAUCAAUGCGAUCACAUGUCUUUCGCGCGGAAAGUGUUCAAAUUUCUCCCACUCUGCCCGCCCCUUCCCAACUGACCAAUCACAGACCGGUCGAGGAAAAACAGAGCAAAACACGUGUGGCCGGUGCUCUUUCCAAAUUUUGGAUUGUUUUUCGCUUUUAUGAAAUUAUUGAAAUAAAAAGAAGUCGAAAUGUCAACAUCGUUAGCGCAGCAGCUGCAGAAGCUGCAGGCGCCGCAGACGGGCCAGGCGUCCGUCAGCAGACAGGUGCUGUCCAUCCUCUUCGACACGCACACCGCCGAGGAGUUGACCCUCGACAAGGCCUUCCAGCUCGGCGUGCAGGGCCUCCGCGAUUUGGCCACGCUCAACCCGCGUUUCGCGCAGUUCGAGGACCUCCUCUUCAGGGAGUCCAGCAAGAGCACCCAGAGGGCCGUCGAGACCGCCGACUUCAAUCAGCGGCUCGAUGCCGAGGUCACCAAGUUCCUCUUGAUGGUUUCGCCGCACCUGAUGCUCAAACCCGCCCUUCAGACCCUCGAGUGGCUCGUUCACAGGUUCCAGAUCGGCGAGUACUCGGCCGACAAAGUGCUCAUGUGUGCCCUGCCCUACCACAACACGCCCACCUUCUGCCUCAUCCUCAGGGCCGUCCCUGAAAUAAAAAAGGUCAACUCUACCUGGCAGUGGCUGAAGCCUGUCCUGGACAGCGGCACGCCCCUCGACGUCCACACCGUCCAUCGAAUGGCCUCCAAACACGCCUACCUCCUCCGCAUGAUCCUCCAACACACCCUGGACGCCAGUAAGGAGGCGUGUGGUGAGUGGUCGAGGGUGCAGACGCAGAUCUCGUUUGCCACCUCAACCGUUCUGGGCGCUUUGACCCUUCUCGGACAGGACCUGAGCCAGCAGCACCUGGCCUGCGUGGCCCCCUACCUCCACGUUGGCCUCUCCUCCCCCUCGCCCCCUCUGCUGGCCAGCAGUCUGGCUGUCGUGGCCCACCUGGCCGCCAACCACCCCCUCUCCCCCACCCUCAACCAAGAACUGCUCACCCACCUUGCCUUGGCAAAGGUUGAGUCGCUCAGGGUGGAGAUCCUGUCCGUUCUUAUCCUGCUGAUGGCGUCCCAGACCAGAAUUUUAGGGCAAUCGCCCAAACUCAACAGCUUCGUCGUCAUCCAACUGGCAGCCCUCAGGCACUUCCCUGACCUGCUUGUGCAGAUCCAAACUAAAAAUCAGUCCCUGAGUUUGGUGCCCUUUUUACUCCCCUUGAUGGAGGCCGCCCUCGGCGAGUGCCGACAAGAGGGAGUUUUCUUCCUCAAGGGCGUGGACAAGAUGGUGACCAGCGUCCUGGAGAAACUGACCCUCGACUCCGAGCAGGCCACUUACCUCACUAGGUGCUUAUUAGAAAAUCUUCCCGAAGACACAAGUAAAAUUAGCGAGGUGACCUGGUUUUCUUCUGCUUGCCAAAUUUUGGAGUCUCGAAACCCAUCAGUCUUCGACUCGGUGUCUAAAGACAUCUUCUCCAAGGACUCUGAUCUUCAAGACAGCUUUCACGUGAUUUUGACUAACAAAGGUCUGCAAGCCGAGGAUGGGGCUCUGACCGUGCAGGGUAUUUGUCACCAGAUGGUGCACCCAGAGGAGGCCAUUCGAGCCUCUGCUGUUCGGUCUGCGGCCAGAAUGCUGAAGACCGCCAAGGAGGAGGAGAAGCAACUGUUGCAAAACUGCCUGCGAGACCGGCUGAAGGACGAAAGCAUGACGGUGCUGUGCGCCGUUUUGAAUCUCAAGAACUUUGGAAAGUUGUUCGGACGGAAGCAGGACAUGUUUGCCUUUUGUCUCGAACUGCUUGAGUACGCCUGCCACCAAAAGUGGAACGUCAAUGCUACAGCGUUAUUGGUGGAGCACUUCGGAAACGCUCUUCCUGAUGUCCUUUCUGAGAAAGAAGAAGUGCUGGCCAUCAUGACUGUGACGCCCCACAUCAUCACGCACCCGUUUCUGUACCCAAUCUUUGCGCGCACCAAGUUUGGCACUUCGUCCGCCUUAUUUCAGGAAAUCAAAAACAAAAUCCGCAACAAGGAGAAAAAGCCCGAAGCUGCUGUUCUAUUGGUAGCCGUCAAGGAGUGUCUCCAGACAAGUCCAUUUUCCUACCUGGAGGUAGUGGAGAAGCGCCUUGAGAGCCACCGGCUCAAGGCCAUCGACUUGUGUGUCCUUUCUUAUGUGUUGAGAGGCGUGGCCUUGACCUCUCACACCGCCCACCACAAGGCCGAGUGCUUCCGCCUGGCCGUUCAGGUCAAGAGCAGGGCAAAGAACGUCCUGCCGAGGAAACCUGCGUUUCCACCUUUGGGCAAGGCGGAGGAGUUGGCAAGGCAGGUGAAGAACAUGGUGCAGAAUGACCUGUACCCUGUGAGCGCCUUUGUGGACGUUGUGGCCGCCCUGGUGCAGAAGCCCCUGAGGUCCAACGUUUCAGACAUGACGGCCGUGCUCAAGCACAGCCUCUCCUCCGUCGUUCCUUCCGAGGAACAAAACUCUGUUGUCUUCGAAAGCUCCUGCAAUUUCAAGUGGCAGACCACAAGUUUAAACGAUGACUCGGAAAAGUCUGAAUUCUUCAAGCUGGCCAUGUCCAUCAUGGCGGUGUUGCUCGAGUUGUGCUCGAAGGUCAAACAGUCGGACGAGGAGCAGCCGCACAUGUCUGCCCUCAGGUCCUUUAUUAUGGCAAACUGCAGCAGCUUUGAAGGCCAGCUGCAUUUUCUAAGCCUGAUGUGGAGCCAAAACGACCUUGCCAUGGAAGAUCGAAUGCGCGCGCUCAUUUUCGCAACUUCCAUCGUCAAGCUGCAUCUGAAUGUCAAAACGGACAAUCUGAUGCUCCACUCUGAGAAUUCCUUUGUGCCUGCCGUGCUGUGCGCCCUAAGCAACCCCGAGACUUACCUGAGGCAGGUGACGGUCAAGCUGAUCACGGAAUUGGCCAAACUGCGACCUUUGAGUCCUGCCAAGUCUUACCACCCUUUGAUAGAGCACCUUUCCAGACAGGCAGAUGAGAUGGUCCAGCACAACGACCAACUUGGUGUUGCUUUGUACCCUGUUUUGACUGAAGACGAUUCGGCGCAAAGCUUCACAGGCAGUCUUACUCAGCAGGUGGCUCGGGAUGUCAGAGAAUGUCUCUUUUCACACGUUGUUGACCCUUUGACGCCGAGAGACGUUGCUGCCUCUUUACUGAAAGCACUUGUCUACAUCAAGUCGGAGCAAUGUUUGAAAACUUUGACUCCAAUGGCCGACCUUCUGUUGGAUCCAACAAAGGAUGAUCUGCUCGAUUCCAGCAGUUUCCAAAUCUUGACCGAAGUCCUGCAAAGAAUCGAUGCAGACUGGGCAGAAAAGUUUUUCAGUUCCGACGACGGCUGGUUCCUGUUCGGCAAAUUCCUCAAGAGCAAGUUGGCCUUUGAGGAAAAAUCUAUUUCAGUUUCUGCCGUUCAAAUUGUUACCAAGGAAGUCUUCAACAGCCUGAGUGAGGCCCAAAAGCCCAGAGUUGUGCACCUGUUGCUGGAGGCUGACAACGAGGCUAGCAACCUCAAGGCUGCUGUGGCGUCCGUCCUCCGAAAACUGCCUCUCGGAGGCGAGUUGGUGGCCGAAGAGCUCAAGGCCAUGGCCAGAAAAACCAAAGGGAAUGAAGGAACUCAAAACUGGUCCAGAGGAGUUGUUCUGCUUGAGUCUCUGGUGGACAAGAAGAAGAUGGCCAACGCUGCUGUGGUCAUCCCUGUCUUGUUUGAAAUCCUUAAAAUUUGUGUGGAGGGAGAGGAAGAUGAGGAGUAUGCCAAGCAGUUGGCCCUGGGCAGUCUGAACAGCCUGCUGGCCAUAAAUGAAGAGGCUGGGCUCAAAUGCCAGGUGGACAUCGAGCUUAUCGUCAACAGCCUCAAGAGUUCCUCAAACCCUCAGACCCAGAGGGAGGCGCUCGUCCUGCUUUGCCACACCGCCCACAUGGUUCCUGAAAACCUGCUGCACUACCUUGCCAGCGUCUUCACCUUUGUGGGCACUCAGGUUCUUAGGCAUGACGACGAGUACAGUUUGCAGAUCAUCUCUCAGGUCAUCAGCAAGGUUGUCCCUGCUGUUAUGAAGGGCAAAGGACAGUCGGUUGGAGUGAUAACCAUCCUGAGGGUGUUCUCGGACGCCUUCCCAGACAUCCCGAGCCACCGAAGGCUGCUGAUCUUCGAGCAGCUGAUGACCACGGUCGGCUGGGACAAGUUGUGGCUGUUCCUGGUGUUGGCCUUCGAGAGCCACGCCUAUGCUCAGCAGCACAGCAGCCGCAGGGUUGAGUGCGUCCUGGAGGCCACCAAGACCUGUCCGCUGCCUGUUCUGCUCAGGAUGCUCCUCGACGUGGUCAGGUACCUCACCAUCUUCACCGAAAUGGAGUAUGGAGGAGAAAAGAGGGUAAGCAACGCCUUAGAGAUCAAAAUGAAGUUCAGGGCGCUCAGGGCAGCUGAGUUGAUCGACCCUUGCACCAAACCUGCGGCUGACGUCAGGAAGCUGCAGAUCGUGGCCCUCGACUUCUUGUCUAACGUGCUCAGUGUCAAGUCCUCCGCCAGCAAGGGUUUCCGGCCCAAUGAGAAGCUGGACAAAGAGAUGGAGGCGUUGUACCGCUCUCUGAUGGACAGCCUGAUGAGCUACCUGCUGGCCAUCAGCCAUCAGGAGGCAACCCUAAAGACCAAAUUCUGGUCUUGCCUACUCGUUCAGGGGUACUCGGUGCUGAACAAGGUCAACAUGCUGCUGCCACUGUCCCAGUUUGUGUCCGUCGUCCAGGGCGUGCUGACCAACACGUCUGCCCUUGACUCGGUCAAGAGCAAAACUCUGGAGUUGCUGGGCGCCAAAUUGCAGCUGCUGGGCGGCACCUCGGACCUACAGGAGCUGCUGCCUCUGGUGGACGUGUGUCAGAGUCUGGCCCACAACUGCGACGCCACCAUCGCCAGCAAGGCUCUCUUCUGUCUGCGGCUGCUGGUCGGCCUCCUCGGCUCUGCUGACUCCACCACGGACAAUCUGUCCAGGGUGCUGACCUCCCUCCUGGGCCUCCUGGCCAAGGUGGUUGGUGGCCCUGACCAUCCCGUCACGGCCAACCUUCUGCUCUGCCUGGCCGAGUUGGUCCACGUGCUCAGGGUGCACAUGCUCAAGGCCUUGCAGGAGCUGCUCCCGGCCACCUUGAAGGCUGCCAGGUCGGCUGCCGAGGGACAAGUUGAAAUAGUGUUGCUGGCGAGUUUGGCCCUUCUGCAGCGGCUGGUUGAGGUUCUGCCGCAGUUCCUCAGCUCCUUCCUGCAGGCCAUCUUCAUCGAGGUGUGUCAGGUGGCGGUCAUUCCUGAGGGCCAGGUUUCUCCCAAGGCCUACACAGCCUUGCAACACAGGAACAAGAAAAUCCAGGACCUUUUGAGCAGCAACAUUUCCCUGCGAGUGCUUCUGCCGCCCCUGAUGGGCUCCUUCCACGAGUUGUCCAGAAACCAAGAGACCCUUGCAUCUGUCCGCCCUCUGAUGGCCAUCCUGAUUUCCAAACUGGAAGGAAUGACUUCUUCGGAAAUCGCCGGUCACGUCCCUGAGCUGUCAAACUUGUUCCUGGAAAUGCUGGAACUUCGUUCCGUGUUGGAGGAAAAGGAACCUCAUGUCAAGAGUGGAGCUGCGGAGGCUCUGAGUGAAGCCGAAGGUGAGGUGGUGAGCGCCCUGGUGGCGUUCGUCCUGAAGCUGCAGGAACCUGUGUUCAAACCGCUCUUCUUCAAACUGUUCAACUGGGCCCGAGAGGCCGAGCAAAACUUGGCCCACAGAAGCCGCUGCAUCACUUUUUACAGGCUUUCGACAAGUCUGGCCAGCAAGUUGAAGGGUCUUUUCACCGUUUUUGUGCCGAUCUACCUGAAGCAGGCGGCGCAUCUGCUGCAGGUGUGCCAACUGGGCUCAACGGAGGAGUUCUUCGGACCGGACGGGGAGGCGCAGACCUUGCUGCUGCUCGACUGGCUGCUCGCCAACCUGCUCGAGGUCUUCACCCAGGAUAAGCAGCGCUUUGUCAAGCAAGACGCCUUUGAUCUCAUCAUGCAACCCCUCGUCGACCAGUUGGAGAACGAGAUGGGCGGGGAGGCGGCGUUGGUGGAGCGUCGGGGGCGGGUGGUGGGGGCGUGCGUGGCGCAGUUGGCGCGGUGCACGCAGGACGACGUGCUGUGGAAGCAGCUGCACUACCAGGUGCUGCUGAAGGCGCGCAGUCCGAGGCCCCAGGUGCGCCUCGUCACCGUCGACGCCGUGCUCGCCCUGGCCGAGGUGCUGCGCGAGGACCUGCUGCCGCUGCUGCCCGAGGCCGUCCCCUUCAUCGCCGAGCUCAUGGAGGACGACGACCUCCAGGUUGAGAAAAAAACGCACCACGUCGCCAGGCAGCUCGAGAAGAUCCUCGGAGAACCACUCGACAAAUACUUCUAAUGGCAAAGUCUCUGGGAAAGAAGCCAAACUCGAAGAAGUGAGAGUCCAACCACGUUGAAUGAUAUUAGGGCGAGUUUAAUAUUAAAAUUAUGCGCAUGAGGAUCAAAGUAUUUUUUAUUAUUAUUAUUUUGAGAGUUAUUCGUAUGUAAAAUCGUAGGGACACAUUUACUGGGUUGAUGGAGAGAACCAUUGAUUGCAAGUUUUAUGUUUUAAAAAUUGGUGCAAGUAAGUCAUAUUAUAAGAAACACACUAGUCUUAUCGAACAUAUAAAAAAUUAACACUUCUUUGUUUAAAAGUAGAAUCAGAGGGACUUGAAAUUUAAAAGGUAAAAAUUAUCAUCUUUUUCUUUAAGUUAAGCUGAGAGCAGUCUGGGGGGAAAAUUUCACAAGAAAGAGGCUCAUGGUAGGAUUGGAAGGAAGAAAACCAGAUUUGGUCUUCCUGAUUCAGCAGCGUAGUUGUUGAAGGAUUGCGGCUUCUUGGGAACAUUGGAAUCCAAAACGGACCACAAAUCCGGGUUGUUGUAUCGGCUUGUUUGAGGCGGCAUUACGGUCACACAAUUUCUGACGUUUUCAACAGCGUAGGUGACAACUGCGGCACGAACUUGGUACUCGCUCCCUCCAACCCACACUUUGUCUGUCAUAAUUGGCUCCUGAAAACAAAUCUCGAAUAAAUAUAUUUAUCAAGUUUGGAAAAACUUUGCUCCCACCUGGAAGAUGUUGGCAAGCGGGAUUGGAUCACCGUCUCUUAGGGGGAUGGUCACCGGAAAGCCGAGCUUGUUAACUCUCAUACGGGACGUCCGUUUUCCGUUGCACUGCGUUUGCAAGUAAAAUCACAUUAAUUCACAUAUUUAUUAAAAUACUUAUUUGGCUUAAAUUACCCGAGGGCAGGCAGGGACUUUUGGCUCAUUUCCAACUCGAAGUUCUUCCAGUUGUGAGAGGGUGAUAAAGUGGAGUGCUGUUUUGCUGAAAAUAUGGCACUUGUCGCAGUGCUCCACUACCUCUCCAGCUUUCCACUUGAAUUGCGUCAUUACCUCUGACACUGUAGCUUCACCGUGCACCAACGCAAGGCCUUCGUCAGCCUCCUUGCUGAAACCGGGAGUAAAAUUUAUGUUGCAAACUUUUAUGAAAAAUUAUUAAAUAUCUUUCCGACUUGAAAAUGUUCUCAAACGCGGUAAUACACCUCAUACUGGCUCGGAAUUGAAAUAAUGAGAAAAAUUAAAUUGGUUGGUUUGGAAACAUAAAAAUUUAGGCUGAAAAAAUUAAAAAGAUUUUGCAUAAUAAAAAUAAAAUUUCACUCACCAGAUUUGCACUAGGCGGAGUGAAUGGUAUUGGAGCUGACGGCUGAUGUAUCCAUUAUUGUUUGGUUGGACUGCCAACGCCAGGAACUGACGGAAAUCCAACAGGCUUUGUUCCCUUGCUAUUGAUUUUGCCCACUCUCCUUGGCCCUGCACAAAACAUAAAGAGGUCAUAAACAUAUAGGCGGACUCUUCGAGCAGAGGCCAAAGGGCUUUGUUACCUUCCGGAUAAGAGCGAUGAUGACGUUGAAGAUUGUGCUGUAAACGCAGCGAUUGUUAAUAAAGACCCAGAUGCCAUUCUCCUCGCUCCAGAACCAGCCGUCGUUGCUUAUAUAUUGUUGAUUGUUGGACACAUCGGACACUUCUACAGUGAACAAAAAAAAAUUUACUUUACAGUUUCAUUACUUUUCACAGAUUACCUCUUGGUGUCAAAUCAGGCUCGGGAAGCUCGACGAGAGGCUCUAUUUAAAAAAGAGAAAACAAUUCAACUUGUAAUUAUUUAAAAGAUGUUCAUAAUUGUUUGCUACAGAUUUGAGGAGAAAAGUCGUACCUGUUUCGGGUGUCAAAAAAAUUGGCGGUCCGCCUAUUGAAAAUAUUUUCAUUUGUUAAAAAAAAAAUUAUCAAUUUUUCAUCUUAAAAGACAAACCGUGCACGAAUACAAAGUCAUGCUCAUAGGAGAGGUCGGCCGGCUCAAUGUUCUCUUCAACGUCACUCUCGUCAUCGUCCUCCUCUUCAAGCUCCUCAUCAUCUUUGACCUCGUCGGUGACCUCUUCCUCCGACUUCCCACCCUCAUCGGCCUCCUCCUCCUCGCCCAACUCAUCGUCCUCCGAAUGGCUCAUCUCGUCCUUCAUGUCCUCCUCCUUUUUUUCGUAAUGCUUUCUAGCCUUUUCCAACACUGAAGAGAAAAAAAUAGCAAGUCGCUCUUUAAUCAGUUAAAGCAGAAUUUGGUAAAAUUUUUAGCUUUGUUCCAUACAUCACGUUUACUUAAUAGUCGGAGAUUAAAAUUUAAGAGAAAGAAGAUUAGCCAAAAUUGGCGAGGCAAUUCAGAGAAAAUUUGUAGCAAAAAAUUAAAGGGAAGUGCGGGAUUAAGUGUUGCGAUAUUUCGCAUGAAGCGCAUCUUAUGUUCAUCUAAAUUUUUUUAUUUAUGCUCGAAUUCCAUUCAACAUUCCAUCGCAUGAAAAAAACAAUUUUCAAAAAUGCGGAAAUGACGAUAAAAUUUUCAAAUUAUAAAAGCAUAAGUAAUGUGUAGCUCUGCCAUUAAAAAAAACUACAUACGAAAAUCAAGAACUUGCUAAUUUCAAUAAUUAAUUUGCCCCAGACUUUCCAUAUGAAUUCAAUCCUAAUUAGAAUAAUCAAUAGGUAAAGUAGAAAGGGAAGUUAUUAAAACGUUUUUUACUUAAUCAUAUGUGUGUAUUUUACAUCACACAUCAAUUUUCUAAUUAUUAUUAUAAUUAAUUAUUUUGCUUAAAAGUACUAAUAAAGUAAUUUAUAGUGUUUUACAACUUACUGGAUUUCAAUCGUCCGCAAAUUCUUUGGGUGCUUUUAUUUCCAACCCCUUUUCCUUCGGCGGCUGCUUGGGCCAUUUGAAGUAGUUUAGCAGCUUUGUCCUUCAUCUUUUUCUCAUCUUCCGUCGCCCAAAAACAAUUUGUCGAAAUGAAGGUUUGAUCAAACUUAAUGAAAUCUCUUAGACGGAAGGUGGACUGCCACCAAGCGAAUUUCAAGAUGUCCUUGCAGAACUGGAAUUGCUCUUUCUUCAAGAAACUGAAAAAAAAAGUUUUUUUUUAUGAAAAAUAUGAGAAAUUAUUUAUACAUAUUAAAAGAUUUUUUUAGUUUCCAUCUGUGCGUGUAAAUUGAAAUUGGAAUAGUGUUAGUCAAAAAGGGGCAGAAGAGUGGUGCAGCCGGAGACAAGGGGUGCAGCCCCACCUAGGCCUAUAUAGUUGACAUAUUAGUUCAUUUGUGUGCACCCUCUUUACUUCUUUUGGAAAUACUGUAGAGUUAUUAACGCACCAGAGCAUUUUGUGAAAUUAAGGGACACACACACUCCGGUCAGGUUGACGGUCGACUUUGAAUUACUGCUCUUAUCACCGAGGCGGUUUCAAAGCAGCAAUUCAACUGCCCCAUUCCGAUUUGAUUAGGCAAUAUAUUUAUUUAAGGCUUAAGUCAAAAAAUUCUCUUCUCCAAAAAUAAACAAAAUAGUACCAAACAUCCUGCAUCAUUCCAUAGCUCAUUAUAAUUUAAUUUUAAAUCACAAUAGUCAGAAUCUUUUUGUGCUAUGUCUAUUUUUGGUCUUCAUAUUGAAAGUAUUUUUAAUUAAAUAUUUGACAUUUAAUUUUAACCGCAAAAUAUCUUUUUAUGCUCAAAACAUUCCAGAAAAGAACAUACCCUCACACAUGCAUGUUUUGACAGUUGGAUUUGUUAAAUAAAUAAGUAGAAAUAAGAAAUAAUAUCUGUGAAAGCUGAAGCUUUAAAUCAUAAAUAAGAAAAAAGUAAUUAAAAUAUCAAUAAAAUAUUAUGUAAUUAAAUUCAGCUCGAUCAGACUACAUUCUCUCAAAAGAACCAUCAAUGGAAAGAGUUGAAAUCUUAUUAUUAUUUGUUUACAAGGUAAUAAUUCGGUCUCAAAAGAAUUCCAAUUUCGUAAAAAUUUUAUGUUGGGACCAGUAUAAAUUUGAAUUAAAAAACUUCUAAAAAUCUAAACCACACAAAGCGUAUUAUUUAUUGUUAAUACAAAUUUCAAAAACAUUUCAUUGCUUUAUUCCAAAAUUUAUUGAACGAAAUUUGACUCACUUGGGAUCAAGCACCUCCUCUGGGAAGUUGUCCAGCUCGUCGGGCUGAAAAAGAAAAUUAUAACGUGAUGUGACAUCGUCAGCAUAUGAGCUAUUUAAUAAUUUCUGCCGACUAUCAUUGUAUCAAUUGCACUAAAGUGAGCAAAAAUAUUAUUUUAAUUGUUAUUGUCAAUGAUCAAGCGACAUUAAAAAUUUAAUUAGCCGGAGUACUUCACACCAGUUAAAAAAACUAGCCCGCAGCUGGGUUUGAACGCCUGGCCUCCGAGUUCGCUGACCAUUUAUAUAAACACUGACGAGCUACUCACUACCAUUACUUCACAUAGGCGAGUAAAGCGUUUUAUUCAGUUUCGCGUGUGAUCCAUGGCGCUAUAACGCGUAAAGAUUGAUUGCAAUGCCAAAUAUUCUGGUACACCGCAUUUUCUAUCAGCAUAUAUGAAUACUUCUUAAAAACUUUGAGCUAUUGCUUUCUUUUAAAAGGCGAAUAUUUCACUCACUAACACUAAGUAAGUUCUCCGCAGUAAAAUGAUUACAAAUUAUGCAGCUCAGCUCAAGAAUAUAAUAAGCAUUUUUAAUUUUUAUAAAUGAUCAUUUAUAAACUUAUAAUAUUUGAAAAAAAAGUCCACUAAUUUUGACGGAAAAUUCAUUUUUGAAUUCAUUUAAAUGUGUUUGCCCUACUUUUAAUAUUAUUUUCUCCAUUUUUUCGUGCACUGAUUUAAAAACAAGCACUUUAUCAGAAUUUAGGACAGAUUUUACGCAGAAAAACCAUGCGAGAGAGCAAACCAAUUGUACACUUUGUAUGACAAUAAAUAAUUUCACCAUCGACAAGUUCGACAACCAAUUGAACUUAAAUAAAUUAAAUAAUGCCUUACCAUGGUUCUUUUCCAGGUAUUGGAGUUGGUAGAAGCCAUCUUUUGGGGUUUGUUUGUCUCUUGAGAGUGCAGAAAAAACUUGUGUCGUUCGAUAGCUUCAGAUGUGGGCCUAGUGAGACAAAACUGGCUGCUGAGCACUGCCUCAAGCCUCGCUAAAUUCAUUUCAACUUCAGAAUUCCAAACAAGAAAUAUCAAGCGUCCGAAUACUACAAGUCAAAUAUUUAUGAGAAAUGAAAAGAAUCUGGUGCGCGGCGCUCUUAUUAAGAGCGCAAUCAAUUUUACAAUAAGUUUACCUUCCAUGAGCAACGUAUAUAUUGAAACAUUUUUUAUUUAUUAAGUUAGAGCCGGGGAAAAGUUAAUAAACUGGGUUUUUCUUAAUUCAACUUUUCUUGCCUUCGCUGCAAAAUUGAAGGUGCGCGACCUGAAUUUAUCACUCGAAUUAAUGCUCUCAGCCUCUGUGAACACAUUCGAGGUGGCUAAAAUCUAGUUAAAGCCGAAAAAUGUUAAUAAACUGGGUUUUUCUUAAUUCAACUUUUCUUGCUUUCGCGUUGAACGACCUUUCCUAUGCGCAUUAGCACCACGUUGAAAUGCUGCAGGACCUGUAAAAGGGUCUUUUUUUGCAAUUGAAAAGUUGUUGAUAUCGCCAACUUCCCUUACGUAAUUUUUUACCAAAAUAAUUAACAGCUCACAAAUUAUGGCUGCAGCCCGUAGGUAAAACAUAAUGUAGAGCAGGCUAUUUUUUUUAAUGCUGCAAAAAAAUAGCGUGCCAAAUAUUCCAUUGAGGGCAAGCGGAAGUAGGCGAUUAGUCGCAGUACUAAUUUAACUAUUUUCAAGUACCAUUAAUUGAUUUUUCCAAAUUCAAGCCAUUUUAAAUUUCUCUGGACAAGUCUAUAAAGAAAAUAAUUAUUUAAUAUUUAUUCUUUGUGAUUUAAAUGAUAUUAAACAGUAAAAGACAGUCAAAGCAUCAAAACAAAUAAAAAUUUUCAAACACAUCAGUCUGGCAUUGACGCUUUGCUCUAUUGUGGAUUAAAAUAAAUCUCAAGCUUUGGUACGAGUAAGCUUCGCGUCCAAACUUUGUAUUCGCGUCCGGCUGCUGCAGCCGCGGAUGGCUUUGACUGUCGCCGCGAAGCUGCAUGCCCAUAUUAAUGCGCGCUUUCGCGUCCAUGUCUGUAACUCCCGAGUCACAUCUUUAAAAAAAAUUCAAAUCAGUAUAUCUGAGCUGCAUAUCCACGGGCAUGAUUUUUUGUUCUCUAACUGAGGGGAGAUGCUUUCCGUGAAUAAAAUGCAAGGCUCGCUUUUGCACUCGCUCGAGUUUUUCAACUGUGCAGUCUGUUCCGGGGUGCCAGGCUGGCGUGCCAUAAAAUAGAAUAGGCUUCACCAACGUCAGGUAGGUACGCUCUCUUUCGAAGGAGAGGGUCCUGUGCUUUAGCAAGUUGUUUGCUAGCGAAAAGCCAUUUCUCCAUUCACCCUAUUAACAGUAUGUCUCUUUUAAAAUAUAUUUUCAGCUUUUUCUGUACUUUUUCUGUAUAGUUUUUUUUUUUUGCUGUAUUCAUGACAUGACUGUAUCGAGUGGAGAAUAAAUAAAUAAAUAAAAUUGGACUAUUUUUAUAUUUUACCGAUCAAAAAUUUUGAUUCACAAAUUUUAUUAACAGUUUGCAUAAUUUUCUUUCUGUCAGUUUCAUAAUCAAAAUAAUUUAAAAUCUUUCCCUAGUUUUAAAAUAAGAACAAACGCGCAAAACAGGCCCAAAGUCAAAGUUAACACUUGCAUCCCGUAAAUAAAAUUAAAUAAAAUUCUGCGAGGAACUUGGAAUGGCGCGCGGCGAUUCCUCAAGGAAUGAGGAAGGAGUAAAUUUUUCAUUUCUCAAAAACGUAACGCGCCAAUAUAUUUGCUAUAUUAUUUCCAUUAUUUCUGCCAACAAUGAGUAACGAAAACAGAGAAAGGAGGCAGCGGUGACUUUGACAUUGGUCCAAGGCUGGCCGGCCUGCGGUAGUUGUUGUAGGAGGAGGAUUCACUGCCGGGUGUGGUCGUCUGGGAGGGGAUCGAGCGUACCUGAAACCACCUAGCCCGGACACCUGGUUAGCCUUGCGCUUCCAACAGGUAUUAAACUAUAAAAUGGCCAGAGUAUUCGGCCAAAGUAUCAGUCUUUGCCACAGACAGCUCAACAAACUUCACUCAACCAUGUACAAGCUCAUGAUCCUCGUCCUUGCCCUUGUGGCCGUGGCUGCUGCCCAGUACUACCCCGCCUAUGGCUACGGCUACAACGCUGCGCGUUCCGGAUACGUCGCCAGCCCGUACGUCGCCGCUUCUCCCCUGGCCUACAGCGGCCUCGGCUACCGCCAGGCCUAUGGUUAUGGUGCCUACCCUUACCUUGGUUAAGCUGAGAUUGUAGAGCUGAAGACAGAGCCCGGAAACCAACCCUGGUGCCGGACCCUGUCUGAUCUGAUCCAACCUGAUGACCGACAUUUGCCUAAAUCAUCGCCGGACUCCCGAUUUUUUAUUCUGAUCAACACGCACGGAUACCAUUUUGGAAUUUCAAAUAAAAAAUUUGGCUAUAUUUUGCUGAAAAA